GUUAGCUUGCAUGUGAGGCUGCUUGUACUAGCUAUCAUGAGUAGCCUAUGAUAACAUUAUCUAGCUAGUUAAAUUAGCUAGCAAUAGGAGUGAGUGGGUAGCUAUAACGCUAAGUAUCUUAGCUUUGUGUCGGGUUUGUACUUUGUGGUAGCUUGUUCCCGAGCUAACGCUUGUGAGCUAUGUUGAAAGUGAAAUGAUAUGCCAGCCAGCUUCAGCCUACUUCGCUUGAACUACCUUGCUUCAUUGCAGACUAGCUACAAGCAUAGCUCGAUAGAGCACUAAUUCGGUAGCUAAUUUAGCUUGCUUGUCAGACAGAGGGCAUGGUUUAGACUGGCUAGGUAGUGAGUAGCUAAGUUCGAAACUUAGCUUGCCACCCCGACGUUAACAUUGGCUAGGUAGCUAGUUGUUGAUCUGUGUAUUUUAAGUUUAUAGCUCUGCCUACCUUUGCUAACAUUUAAUUUUGUGAUCGUUCCCCAUCGCACUGUUAAAAUAUUGUAUUUGUUGGCUAGUCUAGUUGUUUGAUAGAUCGACAUUUAAGGUGUGUAACUUUGCCAACAGGAGAAGUAUAUUUAACUGAAUAGGCCAGUUUAAGCUGUAGUCGUUAGCAAGGUUUAGCUGGUUCGGCUUAGUUGUUUUGGUUCGAAAGUACUGAAACGUUGAGAAUGCAUUUUAAAUAGUCUAGCUAUGCACGUUUGGUGGUAGUUGGCUAUACUAGCUUGGAAGGAGCUGAGAUAGAAGUAUUUAAAAAAGGUAAAAUGCUGAAGUCAAAAUAUCGCAGUACUGUGAGCUAUCUCGGAAUCAAGCAGCAACUUAUGACAGCAGACAUGAUGGAAGAGCUGCACAGUUUGGACCCACGAAGGCAGGAGCUGCUUGAGGCUCGUUUCACUGGAGUCGGGGUGGCCAAGGGUCCAGGAAACAAUGAGUCAUCCAACCAGAGUCUGUGCAGUGUGGGAUCCCUGAGUGACAAAGAGCUGGAGACCCCUGAGAAGAAGCCCAAUGACCAGAGGAACAGGAAGAGGAAAGGGGACCCAUUUGACUGCAGCCAAGGGAAAGGAGGAACAAGAGGCCAUAAAAUUAGCGAUUAUUUUGAGUUUGCGGGUGGCAGCGGUCCUGGGACCAGCCCGGGUAGGAGUGUCCCGCCACUGGUCCGCUCUUCUCCUCAGCAUUCCCUCUCCAACCCGCCAGCCUCGGUGCAGCAGGGCAGCCCUUCCUCCACAGGCUCUGCUAACACUGACCAUUCCUCCUGCUCGCUGAAACCUGGCCUGCUCCACCUACACCACAAAGCAACACAGUCCGACCUGACCGUCGAGAAGCUGACGGCGCUGGAGAAGAACAAGAGCUCAGACCUGGAGAAGAAGGAGGGGCGCAUCGACGACUUGCUGCGGGCGAACUGUGACCUGAGGAGGCAGAUAGAUGAGCAGCAGCGGAUGUUGGAGCGGUACAAAGAACGUCUGAACAAGUGCGUCACCAUGAGCAAGAAGCUGCUCAUUGAGAAGUCGAAGCAGGAGAAGAUGGCGUGCCGGGACAAGAGCAUGCAGGACAGGCUGCGGCUCGGCCACUUCACCACCGUGCGGCACGGAGCCUCCUUCACCGAGCAGUGGAGCGACGGGUACGCCUUCCAGAACCUCAUCAAGCAGCAGGAGAGGAUAAACUCGCAGCGGGAGGACAUCGAACGGCAGAGGAAGCAGCUGGCCAAGAGGAAGCCCCCCGCCAUGGGCCAGACCCCGCCCCCCAACCUGGAGCCAAACAAACGCAAGAGCAAGACCAACGGCGCAGAGAGCGAAACGUUGACGCUCGCGGAGUACCAUGAGCAGGAGGAGAUCUUUAAGCUCCGGCUGGGCCAUCUGAAGAAGGAGGAGGCGGAGAUUCAGGCGGAGCUGGAGCGGUUGGAGCGCGUGCGGAACCUGCACAUCCGAGAGCUGAAGAGGAUCCACAACGAGGACAACUCACAGUUCAAAGACCACCCCACAUUAAACGGCCGGUAUUUGCUGCUACACCUGCUGGGCAGAGGAGGCUUCAGUGAAGUCUAUAAGGCCUUUGACCUGACGGAGCAGAGGUACGUCGCUGUGAAGAUCCACCAGCUCAACAAGAACUGGAGGGACGAGAAGAAGGAGAACUACCACAAACACGCCUGCAGGGAAUACAGAAUCCACAAGGAGCUGGACCAUCCCAGAAUAGUCAAACUCUACGACUACUUUUCGCUCGACACAGACUCGUUCUGCACGGUUCUGGAGUACUGCGAGGGGAACGAUCUGGACUUCUACCUGAAGCAGCACAAGCUGAUGUCAGAGAAGGAGGGUCGCUCCAUCAUCAUGCAGAUCGUCAACGCGCUCAAGUACCUCAACGAGAUCCGGCCGCCAAUCAUCCACUACGACCUCAAGCCCGGGAACAUCCUUCUUGUGAACGGUACUGCCUGUGGAGAGAUCAAGAUCACUGACUUCGGCCUCUCCAAGAUCAUGGACGACGACAGCUACAACUCUGUGGACGGCAUGGAGCUGACGUCUCAGGGUGCAGGGACCUACUGGUACCUCCCCCCAGAGUGCUUUGUGGUAGGCAAGGAGCCCCCCAAAAUCUCCAACAAGGUUGACGUGUGGUCAGUGGGGGUGAUCUUCUACCAGUGUCUCUACGGUCGUAAGCCGUUCGGACACAACCAGUCCCAGCAGGACAUUCUGCAGGAGAACACCAUCCUGAAGGCCACCGAGGUGCAGUUCCCCCCCAAACCCGUCGUUUCGCCCGAAGCCAAGGCCUUUAUCCGUCGCUGCCUGGUGUACCGAAAAGAGGAUCGCAUUGACGUGCUCCAGCUGGCCAGUGACCCCUUCCUCAUGCCCCACAUCCGCAAGUCGGUGUCCACCACAGGCGUGUCUGGGACUGCCCUGCCCUCCACCUCCAGCUCCUCCAAUAGCAGCGCUUCAAACUAAGCUCCGCGCUCCACCCCUCCCUCGCCGCUGCUGGGGAAACCUGGCCGCCACAGGGUCUGGGGGACGGAGACGCCUAAAACCUUGACCAAGCCAGAACCUUGCCAGCCCCAUUAUCCUCUUCUCCUCUGUGGGUUCAGAGGUCAGAGCUCAUCCCCUCCCCCAAAGGGAAGAGAGGCGCUUAACUUUAACCCACUCACUCGUUUUUCACCACGGAAUGGAAAGCGGUUGGGGUACAGCCGCUAAGACAGACGGACAGAGUCUGUGUUGUAGCACCCUCCCAGCCCCACCCCCCCCCCCCAGUUGGUUUGGUGGUUGGGUGUCUCCUCGACCUCUUGUCGAAUUGCCCUUCUUGACCCGACACCAGGAUGGACUGAAAGCGCCUUGAGUUCCAGAGUCGAAGACCCUCACCCCCCUCCCUCCAUGUCUUGCUGGGCACACUUUUGUUUCUCUCGGACGACCAAAGUUCAAGACUACCUGUUGGUGAAGCUCUUCGGUUUUUUUUAAAUUUUUUUUUUUACAUUUUUAAGCAAUGAGAAGGAACGUUGAAAUUUCUCUGGGUUGCAUAUGUCCUCUUUUUAAAAAAAAAAAAAAAAUUGUUCUAACCAACAUCAAACUGGAAUAUUUGAUAGUUCAGUUUUUCAUACCUCCCUGCCCCGCCCCGUCCCGCCCCCACACAUAUUUAUUUAGUUCUAUUUUUAAUUUUUUGAUUAAUUCAAGGGGCCGGAAUAUCAGUGUGUGCUGUGAGGGGGGGCAGGGCCUUAGCAGAGAAUUGCAUAUAAACCAUUAAAUACUAUUGUUUAAAAUGUU